AUGCCGUACGUUAUUGUGAACUGCACCUUUAACCCUCCCACUCUCUCCAUCACUGGGGCCCAACUGCGGCAGGAGACCAUUGACAGUCUCGAGAAGUCCAUCCCGCAGUGCACCACCACCAGCAGCAGCAGCAACAGCAUGAACGGCACCACCGCAAAGUUCACACUUUCCGAAAGUCAACCGCAAACGUGGCAUAUGUCUAUUGGCCAGCAGUACUGUGAUCAGCGGGGGCGGUGUGUGGUGUUCGCCGCCGUUGCGCAGGCACUGCAGUUGGAGGGUUGGGCCCUGCGCACCACAGACGCCGUUUCGUGGGAGAAUGAAAAGGACGUCACUCGACUUUUCUUCUGGAGAUCCAAUUAA